AUGGAUGGGUCUGAUGAUGAGCAGGUACCUGAGCAAGUAGAGUUUAAUGCUAAGAGUGACAUGAGAAAUGUUGUACUGAAGAAGGAGAUGAAGUUCCCUAAUGCAAAGGUGUUCAGAGCUGCUUUGAGGGAGUAUGCAAUCAAAAAACCUAUUGACAUCAAAUUCAAGCUUAAUGAGAAGACCAAGAUAUCAGUUCACUGCAAGAAUAGGUGUGGGUGGAGAUGUUAUGCAUCUCAAAUAAGUGGAGAGCUAACAUUUCAAAUUAAGACCUUGACUGAUGACUGUACUUGUCCCAAGUCUUUCAAAAACAGCCAAGCAACAUCAGCUUAUGUUGCUAAGAGGUUCAUUGAGGAUUUUAGCAAAAAUCCAAAUUGGGAGGUGAGUGGUGUACACAACCAUGUGAUGCAAAAUUUAUCUGUUGACCUAAGUGUAAACCAAGUGUAUAGGUCAAAGAGAAAGGCAAAGGAUUUGAUAAAUGAAGAUGAGCAACUGCAAUAUGGUGUCCUUAGGGACUAUGCACAAAUGAUAACCACUGUAGACAAGGGGAGUAGGGUUAUAUUGCAGACAGAAAUGGCUGAGGAGACUUCCCAGCCAAAAUUUAAGAGGAUGUAUGUUAGGUUCAAUGCUCAGAAGGUAGGAUUUUUAGGUGGAUGCAGGCCAUUUAUAGGUUUAGAUGGUUGUCACAUAAAGCACAGAUUUGGUGGGCAAAUCUUAUCUGCCACUGCCAAGGAUGCAAAUGACAACAUUUUUUCAGUAGCCAUGGCUGUUGUGGAACAAGAAACCAGGGAGUCUUGGAUAUGGUUUUUGGAAAUUUUUGCUGAUGAUAUAGGGAGGCCAGAGGAGCUUCAGUUGGUCUUCAUUUCUGAUAGGCAAAAGGGGCUUAUACCUGCAAUAGAGACACUAUUCCCUACCGUGGAGCAUAGAUACUGUGUGAAACACAUCUACAAUCAUUUCAAAGUUGAUCACAAGGGAUUGGAGCUGAAGGAUGCAUUGUGGAGGUGUGCUGCUGCCACAACAGUAAGGGAGUUUGAGAGAUGCAUGCAGUACAUAAGGGAUUUGGAUGAAAAGGCAUAUGAGUAUCUUGCAAACAUUGCACCUGCACAGUGGACAAGGUCACACUUCACUCCUAGGGCCUUAACAGAUUGUUUGGUAAAUAAUUUGAGUGAGUCUUUUAAUGCAAUGAUAUUGAAGUCUAGGGACAAGCCUAUCUUGGCAAUGUUGGAGUGGAUUAGGGUUAGACUUAUGACUAGACUUUACACAAAAAGGGAAGGGAUACAGAAGUAUGCUGGAAAGUUGUGUCCAAGCAUACAAGAUAGGUUGGAGAAAUUGAAGGUUGAAAGUAAGGCAUUUAGUGCUACCCCAGCUGGUAGUUUCCUUUAUGAGGUAGGCAGUCAAUAUGAGAGGCAUGUAGUUGAUUUGGUGAAGAAGACAUGUAGCUGUAGGUCUUGGGAUUUAAAUGGCAUUCCCUGCAAACAUGCCAUAACAGCCAUUUAUACAAACAUUGAGACACCAGAAGACUAUACCCACCCAUGCUACUUCAAAGAAACUUACAUGGAGAUAUACAAGGAGGUACUUCCUCCCAUGCCUGGCCAGUCAGAAUGGGCUGAGACUGGACAGCCUGCUCCCCUGGCACCUCACAUAUACAAACCACUAGGCAGACCACCCAAGCAAAGAAAGAGGGCUUCUGAUGAGCCUAGGAACCCUUACAAAGCAAGUAGACAGAACAGACCUGUAAGAUGUGGGAAAUGCAAAAAGGAAGGGCAUAACUCAAGAGGGUGCAAGGCUGGCAUCACUGGGGAGACACCAUGGCAGAGGAGACAGAGACUUCAAAGAGAAAAAGCUGCAAGGGAAGGGGUGCCUACACCUAGAUCUGCACCUCAGCCUGCACCUCAGCCACCAUCCCAACAGCCUGCCCAGACCUACAACAUGAUAGUUUCACACACCUAG